UAAUCCGAGUCUAAUUCCUCUUUACUCUUUCGUAUAUAUAUACUCUUUAUUACCUCCUCUCUUCGUCCUUGCGAGCGAUCAUCUCCAACUCUCUCUCUCUCCUCUAAGGUUUCGCGCUCUUCUAGAAUUUCGAUUCGAUUCUCCAUGGCGGAAGCCGAAGCUCCCAUGGUGGCGACCGAAGCGAAGGCGAAGGUGGAGGUGGAGGAGGUGGCGGAGGUGAAGGAGAAGGGGCCUGGCCAUUACCAGAUCGAGCACCCCUACCUGUGCAUCGGCGAGCCUAGGGUUGAGUACGUCCCCUCCUCCCCCACACCCUCCUCCACCGUCGUCGUCGAGAUCACGUGGAGGAGGGCGACGCAGUGCGUCACCACCAUCAACGGCACCUCCACCCUCGACCGCCGCGGCCCCGUCGAAACCCUAGGCUCCUCCUCCUCCUCCUUCGACGUCCCCGCGCUCCUCGCGGCCUCGCCCGACUUCCACGGGGUGACGAACUCCGCGGGGGACGCGUGGUUCGACGUGUUCGCCUCCUUCCCCGCCGCCGCCCACCUCUCCCCCUUCCUCCCCGGCUCCCUCUUCGACGCCCUCUCCUUCCACCUCGACAAGGCCAUCGCCGAGCGACCGCCCCCGCACCUCUCCGACGCCGUCCUCUACAAGCAGGAGCUCACCAUCCUCGACACGCACAUCCACGACGACCGGCUCGUCGCCAUCCGCGAUCUCCUCGGCGAGAUCGGCGCGGCGACGCGGCUCGCCGGCGCCAGGUGCGGCGCGUGCCACACGCUGCACCGCAGGGAGUUGGACUUCCUGAGGUUGCCCUGCUCCCACGCCUUCCACACCCACUGCAUCUUCAAAGAGUUCCGGAGCGACAUCCGAUGCCCCACCUGUCGCUGGAGAUAUCGCUAGAACGAUGCUUGAAUUUCUCUUCUUAUUAGUAAGCAUAAGCCUGCCGCACCCUGGUUCUUCGUUUUAGGGUUUUGGUUGGAGAUGGCCCAAUUUUUCUCGAAUUCUAAAAACAAAGUUAAAGUUUAGAUUAUGCAUAAUCUUAUUAAGAUUAUUUCUGAUUUUAUUAACAUUGCAUUCCUACUUGUAUUAGCAUUUAGUGAUUAUCAUCAUAAAUAUUAUAUGUUUUAUUUCAUUAAUUUGGUGCGACAGAGAAAUAUAUUUUGUAGAGAACUUUGAUUGUA